UGUCUGUCUUUGUGUUGGCAACCACCGGUUACUGCUGCCUGCUAGCCGGCCAUCAACAACCAAAACAACGGGCAUCUGUCCACCGAGAUGGACCGCAGGAACCGGGUCCAUACCGUUACAAGGGUUCAUUAUCAGCAGGCUUUUAGAAACAUAAGUCAGUAAUAACAUAAUGAUGGAUUACUCUGCAGAAGGAGUUGUUCCUGGUGGAUCUUGCAGACACUGACUGACUGACGGACUGACUGACUGACUGCGCAUCUGGAUUUAGCCCAGCUAGCUACCGUUAGCUUCCGUUAGCUUAGCGAACAAGCUAGUAGCUAGUAGCUCACUCGGCUAGCUAGCUGUCAGUACCGAGCACUCCUCUGGUCAUAAGGAGGUAGAUAGCGUUUAAAGGGUCGCCGAAAAUGUAAAUGACCAUGAAGCCAAAGAGACGGGAACUGGCUGUGCCAGUGAUGGCCUCCCCCCUCCCUGUCUCCUUCAUCCUGGUGGUUCUGCUGUUGGCUGAGUUGACUGUGUGCCAGGCAGGCGACUGCAAGGGCCACAGGCAGGUGUUGAGGGGCCCACCAGGCUACGUCACAGAUGGACCAGGAAACUACUCUGUCAAUGGGAACUGCGAGUGGCUUAUCAAAGCUCCAAGCAACAGUCACCGCAUUGUCUUAAAUUUCACCUUCAUGGACACAGAGUGUACCUAUGAUUACCUGUUUGUGUAUGAUGGAGACUCCUACCAGAGCCCUCUCCUAGCAAGCCUGAGUGGCAACACUCUGCCUCAAGCCAUUGAAGCCAAGUCUGGCAAGAUGUUGCUUCAUCUCUUUAGCGAUGCUAAUUAUAACCUCCUGGGCUUCAAUGCAACUUACACCUUCUCUGUGUGCCCUGGAGCCUGUGGCGGGCGUGGUCGCUGUGAUGCCUCUACAUCAAAGUGCCAAUGCCAUCAGAGUUGGGGAGAUCCAGCUUGUACAACCCCUCUGUGCACCCAGGCUUGUUCUGUGAAUGGCCAGUGUGACAAAAAAGGAGAGCGCUGUCUGUGUAACCCAGGCUUCCUGGGUCACAGCUGCCAGCUUGGUUUUCAUAAUGACAGUGGGGCGGGGCAGUGGUGGCGCGUGAGUGAAGAAAACCCCUACACGCCUCCCAGGACGGGUUCUGCUGGCGUCUACCUGUCCUCCACUGGAGCCAUGUACUUGUUUGGCGGGUUUGACCUGAAUAGAGCUCUCGGUGACUUGAUCAAAUAUAACUUCACAUCCAACCAAUGGGAAAGCAGGUCUUAUGGUCACUCUCCUGUGGCUCGUCAUUCCCACACAGCAGUAGAGUGGACGGGUAAUAUGGUUAUCUUUGGAGGAGAGCUAGCCAACGGCUCCUUGGCCAGUGAUGUCUGGAUGUACCGGCCACUCCAGGAUGACUGGCAACAGCAUGGCUUUUCAAGCUCGCGUGGGUCUCCUAAACUGGCCAAUCACGCUGCAGCUGUAGUAGAGAAUUAUCUCUAUGUAUUUGGAGGUCGCACUGAGGAGGAUAUGUUUUCCUCUUCUCUGUAUCGGUUCGGCCUGCAUGGCUCUGGACGGUGGGAGACGGUUCAGCCCACCGGUGGGAAGCCUCCAGCCACUGCUGGCCAUUCCAUGGUGUUCCACAGCCCAUCCAGGACACUGCUGGUCUACGGAGGCCACAGGCCUACCACUGCCAGGUUUAGUGUGAGGGUGAACAACACAGACGUGUUCCACGUGGACAGGCGUUUUUGGACAUCCUUCCGUUCCCGUUUCCCAGCAACCGGCCCCAGAGAGCGAGCUUUCCACUCAGCCACCGUCAUUGGAAACUACAUGGUGGUCUACGGGGGGAAUGUUCAUAUUCAUUACCAAGAGGAGAAGUGCUAUGAUGAGGAGAUCUUCUUUUACCAUCUGGGCUGUCACCAAUGGGUGUCUGCUGGGGAGAGAUGGUCACUCAGAGGGGAUUCUGUGAGGGGGCGUUACUCGCAUGUUGCUGCUGUGAUGGAAGGACGAGUGCUGCUGGUUGCCGGGGGUUACAGUGGUGUUGCCCGUGGAGACCUGGUGGCUUACAAAGUUCCACUGUUCGUCAGUAGCGAUCAAGGUGACAGGGACGCUAUUUGUGCUGAGGCGCUAGACGAAAGUAUGUGCCUUAAGAACCCUGAGUGCAGCUGGUGUGAAGGCCGCUGUCGAGAGUACCAGCCCAUAUAUCCGUGUGGCAGUACCGGUUGCCUUGGCCUGGCUCGCUUCCUGUCUGAUUGCCAGUCCUGUCUGGUGUUCAGUGGCACUCCAGCUUCUCUGGCCCGUGCCCCUGGUGAAUUUGGCUGGUGUGUUCAGAAUGAGUCCUGCCUACCAGUGUCAGAGCGAAGUGCGUGCCGUGUGGACCAGAUCUCAGGCGCGUACGGCUGGUGGGGGGAGCGUACCCUUUUCCUAACCUCCCUCCACUCCUGUCGCACCGAGAACUAUGUCCCGGGACUGCACCUGCUCACCUUCCAGCACCCCCGCAACGACUCCCAGCCUGACAAGGUGUCCAUCCUCCGCAGCACCACCAUCAUCCUUAGCCCCACCACAGAAAUGGACGUAGCCCUGCAGUUCAGGGGCUUCAUCCACCCGUUAUGGGGGGCCCCUCCACCUGCACCCCCUCCCACCGAGACUGUCUCAAUGUGGGCUCGCAUCCAGAGGCUCCACUUUGAGGCUCGAAUGGCUUCAGGGCCCAACUCCAGCCAACUGGAGGUGGUGGGUCGUUGGGCAGCCCAGCAGGAGAAGGAGUUGAAGCUGCUGGCCCGUACAGAUGGGAGUAGACUGUUCUCUAACCUGACCAGGGGCAACCAUUACCUUGUUCAGGCUGAGGGCUACCUCAACAACUCGGGCUCAGGACAGACCAGUGAGAUGGCCCUGAUAUGGAACAGGACAUUGCCUGGAGGGAGUGAGAUCUCCUUCCUGUUCCUGGAGCCUUACCGCUCAGGUUCCUGCUCAGCAUACAUGUCCUGUCUGGCCUGUCUGUCUGACCAAUCUUGUGGCUGGUGCCCGUCUUUGUCCCGCUGCCUGCUGCGGGACAACCCAGACCUCGAGCCAUGCCCUGAGGGAGAGAAAGUGGAAGGCAAAGGAGAAGGUCAGCGCCAUCUGCUGUUGGCACCCCAGCACUGCACCUUGUGUGAAGAGUACAGAGACUGCUCCGCUUGCACUCAGGAUCCUUUUUGUGAAUGGCAGAUAAACUCAAGCAAGAAAGGCGACUACCAGUGCAGUCGACGGGGAAGACUAGAUGGAUCCAUACGUGACUCAAAGGGGUGUCCUAAAGUUUGCAACCAGAGAAAGACGUGUGGUGAGUGCCUCUCUAACUCCAGCCAGUGUGCAUGGUGUGAGUCAGCCCAGGCCUGCUUCUAUUUUGCUGCCUACCUCACAAAAUACCCCUAUGGAGAGUGCAGGGACUGGUACGACAGUGUUCAUUCAGUUCCUCAGUGUAAGCAAUGUUCAGCUUUAAACACGUGUACGGACUGCCUGAGAACCUUCCAAUGUGGCUGGUGUGGUGACUACAACAACCCCACAAUUGGAAAAUGUUUGAGGGGAGACUGGGCAGGAAUGGACGACCCCUCGGUGUACAACUGCAGUGUGGCUGUGGCUGAAGCACGGGCUGCAAACCCUGAGCCCCAGACCUCGGCCCCGCCGCGACCCCUGGAAAUGGAAAUGGAGCUGGAGCAGUUGGAAGAUGAGGAGCAAGAUGCGAUCUGGUCCUACCCCACCUGCCCUGAUGUAGAGGAAUGCAGGCUGGGUCUCCACAACUGUCACCCCUUCGCCACCUGCAUCAACACUCCCACAUCCUACGAGUGCCACUGUGAGAGAGGAUACACAGGGGAUGGCACACUGCACUGCAACCAGACGUGCUACAAUGAGUGUCGUGAGGGCCAGUGUAGUGGCAGCCCGCGGUUUGAGUGUGAAUGCUCCCUUGGCUGGACGUCUGACCCCGCCACCCUGGUUCUCAGUGGUGUUGAAUGUGACGUGGACUGUGGCUGCAACUUCCAUUCCACCUGUAUUACUGCACCAGGGAUCUGUGACGAAUGCCAGGAUUGGACUACAGGACCCCACUGUGAGCACUGCCGUCCAGGUAGCUUUGGUUCAGCCCUAGCUGGUGGCGGCGGCUGUGUGCAAUGUGAGUGUAACGGCCAUGGCGACCCUCUCCGAGGAUACUGUCACAACCAGACAGGCCAGUGCUACUGCACCCACAACACUCAGGGACCACACUGCGAGUCCUGCCUGCCUGGUUACUACGGAGACCCCAGGAACAAUGGCACAUGUUACCGCCAGUGCCAGGGCCGUUCUGUGCUGCUCUCCUCCACCACCUCCUCUGCCAUGCCCCUCUCCUCUUCUCUGGGAUGGCGCAGUGGCACAGAGGGAAAAGGAGGGCUUUCUCACUGCCUGUGGGUCCUGUCUGUGACUGAGAACUUAGCACCUUGUCUGCCCAGACAACCGUGUCCUCCUGUAGCCCUCACUCUACACCCAGACUCCCAUACAUAUUGUAAAAGCUCCUUUGUCUAUGUGUUUGAUGGCCUCCCUCGUUUCCUGGCCAAUGGCGUCGUACAUUCAGAUCACAACCUGAUUGGGGCAUUUUGUGGCACCACAAGGACUCAGCCUAUCACUGUGGAGGCCACCUCAGGUGUGAUCUCCGUCUACUUUGAGGCCAACGUCUCCUCAAACAAACCUCAAGGCUUCAAUGCAUCUUUUUGGGUGCGGCGUUGUCACCAAAGCUCUGAUGAGGGUGAAGAGGGGACACCUGCGUGUCCAGGUGGAGCCCAGUGCCAAGGGGGGCUCUGUCAGUGCCCUCAGGGAUAUGGUGGACCCCACUGUGACCGGCCCAUGUGCCCUCAGGAGUGUGGAAUAGCAGAAGGAAGAGGAGCUUGUAAUACAUCUCUGGGAGUGUGUGUUUGCUCAGAGAGCUGGGCUGGCUCAGACUGCUCUGUUCCUCGGGACUCCAACAGCCUGGUCUGGGAAACCCUGCUGGACACACAACUGACAGUGAACCAGGCCCACAGGUUCCUCCACAGGAUGGGACACACUCUGGUGGCUGGACCACAGGGCAACCUCUGGAUGUAUGGAGGACUCUCUCUGUCAGAGGGCGUUCUGGGAAAUGUCUACAGAUAUUCUGUGUCGGAGCACCGUUGGACCCAAAUGUUGACGAGCUCUGUGGACGAAGGCUCGACUCCGAGCCCUCGCUACCACCACGCCUCUGCACUGCUGACCAGUCAUGAGUCUGGCUCUGGAAGCCACGGAGCCAGUCAUGACUUCAUGUUGGUGGUGGGUGGCAUCAUUCAAAACGGUGUUGCCACGGAUACCUGGAGUCUCAAUCUCAGCAGUUUAGUCUGGAGAGAGCACAAGAGCAUAGUGCUGCCCCCGAUGGCGGGCCACACUUUGACUGUACGCCGAGACUCCACUGUGCUUUUGAUUGGAGGUUACUCUCCAGACAACGGCUUCAACAACCAUCUGCUGGAGUUCAGCCCUCAUACUGGAAACUGGACCAUUGUCCCCCACACUGGCACACCACCUACAGGUUUAUAUGGCCACUCAGCAGUCUACCAUGAGCAAACUGAUGCCAUCUACGUCUUUGGAGGCUACCGCUUCCACGUGGAGACUGUGGAGCCGUCAGGCGAGCUGUACAGUCUGUACUACCCCAACCUCACCUGGUCUCUGCUGGUCCCCUCACAGGGUAAUAAGCCCCUGUCCCGUUUCUUCCACGCUGCAGCCAUGAUCAAAGACACUAUGGUCAUUGUCGGGGGAAGGACAGAAGCAGAAGACUACAGUAACUCUGUGUCUUUGUACCAGAUCAACUGUAACACCUGGAUACAACCAGUCUCAGUUAUAGGAGAUCCAGUAAAUCGUUCGGUGUCUCUUGCCAUGACAAACUGGGGUGGCCGUCUCUUCCUAUCAGGAGGCUUCAAUGGCGUCACGCUGGGCAGACUCCUCACCUUGUCUGUGCCCUCUGACCCCUGUGCUAUGCUGCCCACACCAGAGGCCUGCAACACCACCACAGGCAGCUGCAUCUGGUGUAGGGGAACCUGUGCUUCGUCUGAUACUGCUGAGAGAAUGGGCUGCUUCACCGGCCCGUCACCCUGUUCCCCGACCCCUCGUCAGCCAGACCAGUGUCGCAGACUGAAGACCUGCAGCGAAUGCCUCGCCCGACACCCUAAAACAUUCUCCAGUCCAUCACAGCCUGCUCUACAGUGUAAGUGGUGCACAAACUGUCCAGAGGGGGCCUGUAUCAGCAGCUCUGUCAGCUGUACGUCUGAACAUGACUGUCGGAUCAACCAGAGAGAGAUCUUCCUGUCCAGCAACUGCACCGAGACUAGCUGUGAGGCUUCUGACUGCCCCAAGUGUACUGCUUCUGGAAAAUGCAUGUGGACUCGCCAGUUCAAACGCACAGAUCCUUGGCCCUUUGAAGACUCCGAGUUAUAUUCAUCUUCCUCUUCAGAGUCAUCUCCAUCCUCAUCAGGAUUGUCACCAGCAUCAUCAUCAUCAUCCACAUCCACAUCCACAGAUUCAGUAUCUGCCUUUUCUAUAGGCGAGACGAGGCGCAUCCUGAGCGUGAACCCCACCUAUGACUGGACGUGUUUCAGCUAUGCCCUGCUCAACGUCUCACCCAUGCAGGUGGAGUCUUCUCCCCCUAUGCCGUGCCCUCCACCCUGCCACAGUCUCAGUAACUGCAGCCUCUGUCUGGGCUCCAGGGGCUCUGAUGGGGGCUGGCAGCACUGUGUGUGGAGCAUGGCUCUGCAGCAGUGCAUGAGCCCGUCGUUCGUGCCCCUGCGUUGUGAGGCGGGUCAGUGUGGUCGUCUCCUCUCCGGGGGCGACUCUUGCUCUCCCCAGUGCUCCCAGCUCACCCAGUGCUCCCAGUGCAUUGCCAGGCCUCAGUGUGGUUGGUGUGCUAGCCGGGGAGGCAAUGGGGCUGGACGCUGCCUACAAGGAGGACUUGAUGGUGUGAGUGAGGGUGUUUGCCCCCUGAGAAACAGCAGCUGGUCCUUCCUCCACUGUCCAGAGGAGGAUGAGUGUGCCAACGGCCAUCACCACUGCAACAGCACCCAGGACUGCCACGACCUACCCCAGGGAUAUCACUGCACCUGCAAACAGGGUUACAUACUCAGCAGUGUUUCUGGUCAGUGUGAGCCAGUGUGUGCACAAGGCUGUGUGAACGGGACGUGCACGUCGCCGGGAGUUUGCCAGUGUCACUUUGGAUUUGUGGGGGAUAACUGCUCCUCUCAGUGCAGCUGCAACAAACACAGCAACUGCGCUGGUGUCAGCAAACCAGAUGUUUGCCUCGAAUGCCACAAUAACACCAAAGGUGAGCACUGUGAGAAGUGUAAGCCUCUGUUUGUGGGCUCUGCCAAGGGGGGCGGCACUUGUCGUCCAUGUCGGGAGUUUUGCAGGGGAAACAGUGCUGUGUGUUUAUCUGGAGAUCAACAUAAGCAGGCCCUUGAGAACCCCCGGCUCUUCCCUCUGGACCCCAACAGCAUUCAGAACUGGGUGUCUGAGGGUCCCACAGAAGAGAAUGCUGUGUGUGUGAAUUGCCAGAACAACAGCGUGGGGGACAAGUGUGAGAGCUGCCUCAGUGGGUUCUUCCUGCUGCAGGGGAAGUGCGAUAAGUGUCAGUGUAAUGGCCAUGCAGACACAUGUAAUGAACAUGAUGGUACAGGAUGCCCCUGCCAAAACAACACCGAGACCUCCUCCUGUCUCAGCAGCCCUCAGAGUGACCGGAAAGAUUGCUACAGGCAACAGUGUGCCAAGUGCAAAGACUCCUUCAAUGGCACACCAGUAAACGGGCGUCAGUGCUACCGUCAGUUCAACGUGGACACGGAGUGCUGCUUUGACCCCACGUCCCAGACCAACUGCUUCCACGAUCCCACCAUUCGCAAUCUGCCCAAGGGGCGCACUGUGUUUUUCUCUGCGCAGCCAAAGUUCACCAAUGUGGACAUCCGAGUCACCAUUGAUGUUACCUUUGGUGAGGUGGAGGUGUAUGUGUCCAACUCUCAUGACAUCUUCAUUGUGGAUGUAGACCGAUACACAGGGAUUCACACCAUCAGGAUCGAGGAGGAAUCAGUGACUCGGGGGACAACAACUGGUGCGGAUAAGGAUUCACCUCCGUCCCCUAUAAAGGUGUUUGCCAAUUCCUCAUCCAGUCUUGGGGGUCCCGUGCUCUCCCACAACCAACUGCCCCCAAAAGCCCCAGGGACAGAGAGAGAGAUUACGGAGGACCGGGCUGAAGGACUCAUCAGUUACAUUACCGUGUGGAAACCACAGACAGUGAUGAUUGUCCGUGGUGUUCGAGAUCGCGUGGUCAUCACCUUCCCCCACGAGGUGCACUCCCUGAAAUCCAGCCGCUUCUACAUCGCUCUGAGAGGUGUGGGAACUCCCGAGAGGCAGGGAGAGUCCCAGGGCCUGUUGUUUCUGAGACAGGACCAAGCCCACAUCGACCUUUUUGUCUUCUUCUCUGUCUUCUUCUCCUGCUUUUUCCUCUUCCUGUCAGUCUGCGUCCUCCUAUGGAAGGUUAAGCAGUUCCUGGACUUCCGUCGGGAGCAGCGUCGCCACAUCCAGGAGAUGACCAAGAUGGCGUCGAGGCCCUUUGCUAAACUCACCAUAUACUUUGAGCCGGAGGAGCCUCAGCUCAUCUUCCUGCCUUCAGCCGGUGGAGGGGUGGGGGGCAGCACUGUGUCGCUCGCUCACGCCCGCACAAGCAAGUUAGGAGGAGUGGUGGUGGGCCAGAGGGGCAGGGCAGGAGCCGUCUCCUACAAACAUGACCCGGGCUCCGGACCCACAGCCCACCACCACCAUCACCUCACCCUGGGUGGAGGCGGGAACGGCGGCCAGCACCUGCCGCUACACUACUUGAACACCCACCACUAUGCCAGCACCACAUCUGGCACCCCGGCCUCACACCAUCACCACCCAUCCACGUACAGCGGCUACCAGCACUUUUGCCGCUCCGACCCCUUCCUCUCUCAGCUCAUGGGCUUUUCCUAUUCCACCUUUAAAGUUGGGCCCAUCACCUUAGAGCCCACAGAUGACGGCAUGGCAGGGGUGGCCACUGUCCUCUUCCAGCUGCCUGGGGGGGUCUUGGCUCCAAAUCGUGCCUGUCUGGGCUCUGCACUGGUGACUCUGCGUCAGAACCUGCAAGAAUACUGUGGCCAUGGCAGCGGAGGGGGGCACCCAGGGGCGGGAGCAGGGCGUAAGGGGCUGCUAGGGCAUCAACACCUGACCACUAUGGCCAUGUAAGGAAGCAACUACGUAAAUUAUAGAGCUAAAAGAGAUGGGAUAAAUCUGUAAAGUGUUUGAUAUAUGAUAAAUUAAUUUUUUUGAAAGCUGCAAGGCAAAAAACAAAGUCCAAAAGAAAGAGUUACUGUAUGACAGAGUCCGUUACCGUGAGCAUUUUGAACAGAGUUGUACAUACACUGUAUAAUGAAUUAUUAAGUGUCUUUUAUUGUAUUAUGUAUUGCUGUACUGUAUUUCAGUGCUUCACAUGACCAAGCCAGCUGUCUCUAGAAUGCACUACAACUGCUAUACGUAUCAACAUAACAAUGUUGCAUCCCGUCUGUGAUCACUAGAGAGGUAUGAGCACACUCGACAGUCAGUCUCGUACAAAGACUGAAAGCCGGACUGUUUGAUCUCAAUGACCAACAGAGGUGUUAAAAAUACAGCCGCUCUCUUUGGAACCAACAUGUGCUUUAUACCCCAAAAAAGUGACAAUCAAAAUUGCCAUUGAGAACAAAAGACUUUUAAAUUGGUUCAGCAUAAUGUGCAAGAUUUUGAUUGUUCGCUCUGCGCAGGUAAAAAAAAGUCAAAGUUGCUUGUGAGAUGGUUUUUAUAUCAUAGUCGAUAUGAGUGAUUUAUAGUUGUAACUCAGUAUAUGGCAGGCUUCUAAGCUACAUGUUUAUGUUAAACAGGCUCCUGAGUAUGUUUUUGCAUAUUCAUUCACCUGCUCCUUUACACUUUUAUUUGUGUUUCUGCUCAUCUGCCUUCACUUCUUGCCUUGUCUGUGAGUCGACUGGCUUACACUUAAUGACAUAUAUUACAUUUUGUUUCAAAUUGUUUUUGUACAAAAAGAAAAAAUGAAGGAUAAUAUUUUCAAUAUUCAGUUCCUGACGCUAUAAUAAUUUAAUAACACAACAGAACUCGUCCAUAAAAAUGAAGAAAUGAUGUGUCCUUUUGAAACAUUUCAUUACAAUUUGUUGACAUGAAAUGUAUGUUGGUGUUUGGCUAGUUUUGCUGGACUGCUUUUUUCAGGCAACUUGUCUGCUUAGAUGAUUGUAUUAGCCAAUCAUAGCUUAAAUUUGAUAAAAAAAAAAAAUUGGAUGUUGAAAAAAACACAGUAUGGAAAAUGUUACGCUAUUGAAAUUUCAAUGAUAAUGGAAAGAGUUCUCCUGGUGAGAGAUUUUGAGAAGAGCAAUGAGAUUGAAUUACUUGUUCACUGGUUGGUGUUGAAGUUAGUAUUUUUUGUUUUCUCUUUGUUUUCCUUUUUGCACUGCAUGGAGGCAAUGAGCCCCGUUAUUCACGUGAAACACUAAAAGGGGAUGUCGUCCAGCCUCGGGUGGCACACAGUGUCACGGAUGAUGCUACUGGCUUCUUAUCGAAUGAACAAAGUCAUGAUAGAACGAUCGUUUAUCAUGAACUGAAUACUCACACAGCAUAGUUAAGCAAACUCACUAUUUAUAACCGCCCUCCACAAAUACGCAUUAAUACUGUUUUUGUCUUGUAUCUUUGUGUAUGUUCUUUUUUUUUUUUACAUAUUUUUGUACAUAACUUUUGUUGUGUUUGUUUUUUGUUUUCAAAGAAGGGAACAGUGUUGUACAGAAGAUUGCGUCAAGAUUCUCUGUCCUGAAUCGGCUGAAAUAAAGUCAGUGGAACAUGA